AAAACAUCAGCCGACAGCUCAUGUGGCUUUCGCACUUACGUGCCACCGCCGCCUUUAGCAUCGUCUGGUCUGCCCUCUCUCCGCUGACAUACUUCUUCUUCAACUCCUGCCUCUCUCGCCCUCCCGAUGUGAUCCAGCUCCGCCACCAUGGGGACCAGAUAACCGCCAGGCGUUGCAGGAACCAUGGGGGGCUGCCUGUGCACAGGUCACAAAGAGCUCCACUAUCCCAUGACGGUGCUGCACGACGGUCAGCCUGCAGCCUCCAACAAGGAUGGCCAGGCUCCAUCUAAUGGCCCAACGACAGAUAAAAGCGACCACUAUGGAAUUGGCGAGCUGGCCACCUCCUCUCUGUUCGGUCUGGUCGCCACGAUAAAGGAGCACAUCACCAAGCCCACGGCCAUGGCCCAAGGCAGAGUCGCUCACCUGAUCGAGUGGAAAGGCUGGGGAGGAGGAGGAGGAGGAGGAGGAAGGAGCGGCGAGACCAAAGGGUGUGGAAGCUGGGGGACGCUGGGUACCGAGCUGCAGGAAGAUGAACAAUUUUACUCCCAAAUGACGGAUGAGAUCAAGGAAGCUCGCUUUGCCGCUGGAGUGGCGGAGCAGUUUGCCUUGGCCGAGGCCUCCAUGAACAUGUGGUCCAUGAACGACAUCUUAGAGCAACCGUCUACCAGCUUGCAAGCAGCACAAAGCCACUUCUUGUCUCACUUCCUGCUGGACGGUGGAAGCGUCGGCGUCCCCCAGCACCUGUACAGCAUCCAUGCCCAGACGUACGGCAACAGCCAGCUAACAGGCCUGGUGGCCCCUCCACCACCACCUCCACCAACGGCGUCCAUUAGUCCAACAACCAUCAGACAGCAGGAGAUGACGUCUACCACACAGGACAGACAAAUCAGGGUUGAGGCAACCGUGCGACACAUAGACAGCAGCUCCCUGUCUGAGGAUGAUGUUUUUUAUAAUUAAAGCAUCGUAGGAAUCCAACUAUUUGGAUUUGGGUGGAGCACCAGCACUGACUGACAAGAAGCAUCUUCAGAACAACUCCUUCCAAUGAAAGACUCCUAAUUAUGUGUGAAUGUAUACAGUAGAUGCUUAGCUACAUUUGACUUUUCUAUUACGUGUACAUCAGAUAUCAUCCUAUUUUCUUGCAUCUGGAACUUAGAAUCAAUCACAAGUGUUAUAUCUUGGUAUAAAACCACCUG